CUCCCUGCUCUUCCAUGUUGCUCGGUACCCUGGUACAAGAUAAGGCUCCCGGCCACGCGGGCUCUUGCUCCGAUAAUGGAGAAUCUGCAUGGUUAAUGAGAAGAAGAGUUUUGAAGGAAGCCACAGUGGCAGCCUUGAGGAACGGCUGUGAAGUUGCUCAGACUUCGGCGGGUGAGUGAAUCAAGAUUUUCUAAGUUUCCGAAGACACCGAGGUGACAUCUUCUUUGGAUCUGAUCCGCACCGACAAUGAGAGGAGCAUUCAGCGUUUACAGAAUCUAAGGUCUGAACAGUAACAACGUGGCCCUGAAGCCGCAGAAAACAGCUGUUGCGCCUCGUCCCACAUAUAGACUGGGCGGCUCAGCGUGUUACAGCACAAUGACAUUAAUGCUCCUUAGCAACUGAUGAGGACGUGCGACGUCGGGAUGACCAACCUGUAUUUGACAAGUGUGUUUUUCACCUCGUUGGAGACACGAGCGGGGACGGGAGCCAGCGAAGGAGGAGACCACGGAGCCGGCGAGGGAAGGUGCGAAGCGAGCGCUCAGAGAGGGAAUCAAAGCGCUAGAGUGGGAAAGGCAUAAAGCCGCAGGGAGUCGGAAACUCUGCCAGACAGAAGGAGCGAAGACAAAAAAAAACAAAAAGUCGACAGUAUCAAAGAACUGGCCAAACGCCCGUUUAAAGCAAGAGGAUUGAGUUUUGCCCACAAAGCCAGGAGGGGAACAGAAGAUCCCUUCCUUUUAGGCAUCUGUCAAAGACAACCUGGGCAAAAAGCGCACCGUCAUGGACGGAGAUCAUCCAAACGGCACUUUUGCCAACACCACGCGCAUCCACUCUGCUCCCCACAGCCUUUGGGAGGUCAUCACCAUAGCAACGGUCUCGGCCAUCGUCAGCGCCAUAACCGUCGUGGGCAACGUUUUGGUGAUGGUGUCCUUCAAAGUCAACAGCCAGCUGAAGACGGUGAACAACUACUACUUGCUGAGUCUGGCCUUCGCAGACCUCAUCAUCGGCGUGUUGUCCAUGAACCUGUACACCACCUACAUCCUGAUGGGCUACUGGUCCUUGGGAAGCCUCGCGUGCGAUCUCUGGCUGGCCGUGGAUUACGUGGCCAGCAACGCUUCCGUUAUGAACUUACUGGUGAUCAGCUUCGACAGAUACUUCUCCAUCACCAGGCCGCUGACGUACAGGGCGAAGAGGACCCCGAAGAGGGCGGCCGUCAUGAUCGGGCUAGCGUGGUUGGUCUCCUUCGUCCUGUGGGCGCCGCCCAUCCUCUGCUGGAAGUACAUCGUCGGUGAGGAGAAGGAAUCGCCGGACGAAUGCCAGAUUCAGUUUCUAACGGAGCCUGUGAUCACAUUCGGGACGGCCAUCGCCGCUUUCUACAUCCCGGUGUCCGUCAUGACCAUCCUCUACUGCCGGAUAUACAAGGAAACCCAAAGGCGCACUAAGGAUCUGGCGGAGCUGCAAGGACUCCACACCGAUCACGUCCAGGAGGGGACUAAAGCACGCAAAACCAUCAUUCCUUCUUGUUUCAACUUCGCCGGAGAGAGGAGGGACCGGAGUCAGGCCUCCUGGUCCUCGUCGAACCAAAGCAACGCCACGAAGACCACCACCAGGUCGGACGAAGCUUGGGUCAAAUCCGACCAGAUCACGUCCUUCAACAGCUACUCCUCGUCCGACGAGGAGGAGCACCACGCGUCCAUCGAGACGCCGCUGGGAUCUCUCCGGGAGAAAAGCGACAAGAACGGCCAAGCGGCCGACUACGCGGAGGACCAGUAUUCGCCUUCGAGGAAGAGCAGCAAGAAGGGCUUUUCCUACAAGUUCACCAUGCCGGCGCCGAAGGCUAAAAAAGGCAGCCCUCUUCGUCUUCCGGCGUCUCCUCGUGUUCCAGAAGCUGGCAAAAACGCCUCGCCUUCCUCCAAAACCAUGGACCCGGCCCUGAAAAACCAGAUCACCAAGAGGAAGAGGAUGGUCCUGGUGAAGGAGAAGAAGGCGGCCCAGACCCUCAGCGCCAUCCUGCUGGCGUUCAUACUGACGUGGACGCCGUACAACAUCAUGGUGCUGGUCUCCACCUUCUGCGCCAAGUGCGUCCCCACGUCACUGUGGCACCUGGGCUACUGGCUGUGCUACGUCAACAGCACCGUCAACCCCAUGUGCUACGCCCUGUGCAACAAGACCUUCCAGAAGACCUUCCGCAUGCUGCUGCUGUGCCAGUGGAGGCGGCGGCGGGGCGAGGACAAGCUGUACUGGUGCGGCCAGAACCCCAACGCCAAAAUGACUUGAUGGGAGCCGCCAGGCAGGAGGCUGGAGCGUACCCCAGCCGGCACAUGGGACACCCUGGGCGGGUCGCCAGGGCAUUGAGCGAGGAUGGAUCCCGCACAGCUACGUGAACCACGACACUGCCGCUUUUGUCGAUAUCGCUGAUGUUCGCCAAAGUUCGCGGUCGGCAUGACGAGAUGCAUGUGACUUUUUUCUUUUCUUUAUGGUGACGUGAUCGUCUGAAACAGUUUGACUUUUGUUAGCCCGCAGCAUAUUGGCGGAAUAAAAUCAAACAAAAAAAAACGGUGUAAAGGAGAAGAAAACUUGAUGUAAUGCGAAAAAAACUGAAAUUUUGAUAACUAAUAACGAUAUGCCGCCAAUACCACAAAGUGAACUAAAAAACUUUAAAUUAUCUAUAAAUUUUACAGGUAAAAAAAAAAAAAAGUCAACAGAAUUUUACUGUAAAAUUUCCGAGGUUUUUGGAUUAUUUAUUUAGUUUUUUUCCACAGAAGUACGGUAAAUUUGUAAAAAUGUUGGCAACUGAGCUGCGUUUUUUGUUUUUUACCGUAUAAUUUGCAGUCG